ACAAAGCUUUGCCUCUCGACAGAGCACAGAAUUGACUCCUCUUCAGGACAGGCAUUCAGACAGGGCAUGCUGCAGGGGCCCCCACGAUGCCAGCCCCUGCCUUCCAGCCCCACCUGCCUCUGCCAUCAGUGCUGCUGCCUCUGCUGCUGGGACUCACAGGAGUGGCAGGCGAGGAGCCGAAGGUGAUUCAGCCUGAGAAGUCAUUGGUGUUGUCUGCUGGGGAGUCGGCCACUCUGCACUGCACCCUGACCUCUCUGCUUCCCGUCGGGCCCAUCCAGUGGUUCAGGGGGGAAAGGCCAGACCGGCAGUUGAUCUACAGUUUCCGAGGAGGCCACUUCCACCGGGUAACACCCGUGGCAGACACCACUAAGAGAAACAACACGGACUUUUCCAUCCGCAUCAGUAACAUCACCCCCACAGACGCCGGCACAUACUACUGUGUGAAGUUCAGGAAAGAGGCUUCAGGGGACACGGAGUUUAAGUCUGGACGAGGCAUCCAGAUGUUUGUGCGUGCUAAGCCUACUCUUCCACAGAUUUUGGGUCCCUCCAACAGGGCUGGCCCAGGCCAAGUAAUAAAUCUCACCUGCAAAUCAACUGACUUCUUUCCCGAAGACGUAUAUGUGAAAUGGUUUGAAAAUGGCAUGGAGCUUCCAACCUUACAGACUCAAGUCUUUCCACCCGGAAAAGCUUUCUCCUACACUGUCGUCAGCACCACCAUAGUGAACCUUACCUUCUCCUCACUCCACUCGCGGGUCACCUGCCAAGUGGCUCACAGUGAACUGCAGAGCCCCCUCAGAGGGCAUGCGGACAUCUCCCAAUUUUUCCGAGUUGUGUCUGCAGUGAACAUAUCAGCAUACCAAGUCCCAAGACUCCAGGCAACCAUCCUCACCUGCUGUGUGCAAAAGUUUUACCCUGAAGAUACUCGAAUAACCUGGCUGGGGCGGAAUGGAUGUUUCGAGAACUGUUCAGCCUUUACUCGCACCAGAAAUCCAGAUGGCACAUUCAGCCAAGACUGUCAUAUCCUGGUCAGCACUUCAGAGUGGGAGGACAAAAGGCUGUUCACCUGCCAAGUGUGGCAGGAUGCCCAGGCACUGGUCCAGACCAGCACGCAGAUGAGCGAACUGAGAGAAGAGCAACAGAGUUUAGGAGCUGCAGUGUCCACUUCCCUCUUUCUCCUUGGAUGGAAGUUGUUACCUCUGACUGCACUUUCUGUCAUCUUUGUUCUCAGAAGCCUCCUUUCAAGGAAGACCAGCCCUGGAGAGGGACCUGCCAAGAUGCCUGUAGCUGCUACUCCAGCUUCUCCUGCCUCAUCAGCCUUCUGAGACCUGUUCUGCACUCGCUGUUCCUCCCUGUCUCCUGCAACCCCCAGAGGAUGUGAGAGCAUAGACCAGAAAGGUCAGUAGUAAGAAGUGGACCUUCAUUCCACCCAGGAAUGGAGUUUCUGUGGAGAUUCUGACCUCAAAGUCCAUGAACCUGACCAAGAACUCCCACAGAGGCAGGACAAGCUCCAACCCAGAGGGAAACACAUAUCUGCAAUUCUGAUGGCCCCUUCUCAGCUCCUUGAGGAAAGCCGAUUUGGGUUUGCUCAAGGAGGAACUUGUGGGCACACAAGUUCUGCCAUGAAAUCUUUACAGCCCCAUCAUUAAAAUGGGAACUGAAGGUAGUGAUUAUAACCAAGGAGCAUAUGAAGAGAUACCAAACCUCAUUAGUAAUCAGGAAAAGCCAGUGAAAAACCACACUGAGAUGCCAUUUUACUCCUGUUCAAAUAACAAAAAUAAAGAAGCAAACUGGUCUUUCAUACAUUGCUGGUUGGCACAGAAUGGACACAGCUGCUUUAAAACACGGUUUGGAAAAUGUUGCAUUGAACAUCUAUAUGCCUUAGAACCUGACAUUUUUACUCUGGACACUCUUGCACUUGUGCACCAGGAGAUAUAUACAAAUGCACGUGUAGUUUAACAUUAGCAAGACCUGAAAACUAUCCAAAUGUGCACCUACAGGAUGAUGGGCAAUAAGUUUAGUUCAAUCACAGAAUAACAUGUUAUAUAGCAAUAAAAAUGAAUUAACUACA